AUGUCUUUGAUUGAAGUCUGGGAUGCCGCUCCGGCGAAUUCCUUUCAGCCUAUUGUCUCCAAGGACAGUCAGUUCACCGUCGGCUUCAACCUGCUCAUGAUUGCAAUUGUCCUCACGGGGCUUUUCGGUCUCAAUCGCUCAAUCCUCAGCCUCGUGUCACUUGGUGUUCCAGCAUCCAUGCUUUUUGGCUUUGGCGCAGUCUUCACCAUAUGCGCUGUUGGAGUUUAUGUUUAA